AUGGUGGAAGGGGUAGGACAGGAGGCAGAGGACUGUUCCCUCACAAACGGGGGCUUUGCGGCCGCCAUGUCCUAUUUCAUGUCUCCACAAACUCAUCAAGGUCUUCCGCCUUCCAGUCAAGGUGGGGCUACUUCUCCAGGCUCAUCCCUUGGCCUCUAUAGUCCUAUAGAGCCAGUGGUGGUGGCCUCUGGUGGACUAGGCCCAGUGAGCCAGAAAGCUGAGCAGGUGGCUCCUGUUGCCCAGGCCUGGGGCCCAGCCCUGGCAGUGCCGGAAGCCAGGGGCUGCCCUGGGGGGCCUGGCUGGGAGACACUGCAGCGGAAGGAUUAUGGCCGAUACAACCACAGAUUCCCCCUCGCAAGGCAGCCGGAGAGCUUGGGCUGGGAGGAUGGCUGCUCCAGAAGCAGAGCUCCCCGCCUGGGUGGCCCCAGCAGGCCUGGGCCCCUGCUGCUGUGUGGGCUGUCACCAGGGGUUCUACCGAUGCCCUCUGAGGCAGGGGGGAAGGAGGCCGGCUCCCAGCCUGAUAUCUGCAUCCUUACCCUGGCCAUGAUGAUCGCAGGCAUCCCCACCGUGCCUGUCCCAGGGCUUCGGGAAGAGGACCUGAUCCGGGCGGCUCAAGCUUUCAUGAUGGCCCAUCCGGAGCCAGAGGGGGCCGCGGAGGGGGCGCGGUGGGAGCAGGCCCGUGCCCACACAGCCUCUGGGCAAAUGCCCCUCAUGAGAUCCAGGAGAGGCCAGCCUCCUGGCUCCUGCUUGUAGCUGGAUGAAAUAGCACCAGACGCACAGGGCAGCUUCUCUGUAUGGUUUUUGGGCAGACAGAAUUGGGAGUGCCUGUGAGACGGAUGGGGAUAGGGUGGUGGUAUGAACCACUCUUGUCAAUACAAGUCUUUCAUCAGGGCCCAGACCCAGGAACUUUCUCCAGAUGCCAGUAAGUCAGGAGACAGGACUUCUCAGAGUAGUAACAAUGAAAAUCACCUGAGAUAGGGGGCCCCCCCGCUUGGAGUGGAGGCCUCUUUUGUCUUGUUUCAGGAUUUGAUCAAGACUGUGAUACAAAGUCCUAGGCAACGUGAAUUUUCCUCUUGCCUGACAUUUCCCAGCCAGCUGAGGGCAAGUGAUGGGACGAGUGUCAAGGAAGGAAGAUGAACACUUGAGCGCCCACUGGUCAUGGGCCCAUUACAGGCAGGCUCUCCUUUAAUCUCAUCAGUGCUGGGAGGAUAUCCUUUUUACAGAUGAACAGAUCGAGCCUUUUGAGGGGGGACUUGCCUGAUGU